AUGACUACUUAUCUCCACCUCGCCGCCGCCGCCGCCGCCGGCAGAGGCUGCCCCACGCCUGUUCGCUCACUCCUUUCCCGCUGCUCCUCCCUCCACCACCUUCAACAAAUCCAUGCCCACCUCACCACCAACCCCCUCCUCUCUCCCGCCCCUCUCCUGCACUCCCUCGUCCGCUCAGCCGCAGCCGGCGGCCAUCUCAACUACGCCGUACACCUCCUUCAGCAUUUCAGACCAUCAUCCCCAAUUCCUUGGAACUUCCUCAUCCAAGCUCACUCCAAAUCCCCAAGCUCCAGAGAAUCCAUCCGCCUAUUUCGCCUCAUGCUCGCCCUCGAUUCCGUCUCCCCUGAUAAAUACACUUACACGUUCAUUCUCACCUCCUGCUGCCGCGAACCUUCUCCAUUAGCCGGGGAUGCCUCGCACGCCAUGGCGCUGAAAUCCGGGUUCGCGUUCGAUCUCUAUGUAGCCAAUUCCCUUGUAAACAUGCACUCGGAAUUUGGCCGGCUAUACUCUGCGCAGAGGGCGUUCGAGGAAAUGCCGCUGAAAGAUAGCAUCUCCUGGACUAAUCUUAUCAAGGGAUAUGCAAAGCAGGGAAAAAUGGAUGUUGCCCGUAAACUGUUCGAUGAAAUGCCACAUCCAAAUGAGGUCUCAUGGGUUAUCCUGAUUGCAGGCUAUGUAAAUGUUGGAAACUACCAUGAUGCAGUAAAACUGUUUAAUUACAUGUUACAGAGCUCAAAUGAUCGGCCCAGCGAGCCGGUUCUUGUAUCGGUAUUAUCAGCCUGCACUCAUAUUGGGGCUUUAACCCAAGGAAGAUGGAUUCAUGCUUACAUUGAUAAGAUUAAUCUACCAAUGACUGUCAAUAUUACAAAUGCUCUUAUUGACAUGUACUGCAAAUGUGGAAUCAUAGAUUCUGCAAAAGAAGUAUUUGGCCUGGCUCUGGAGCGAGAUUUGUUGACAUGGUCUUGCAUGAUCUCUGGGCUAGCACUCCAUGGGAGCGGCGUUGAAGCUCUCAAGGUUUUCCAUGAAAUGGUUGCAUAUGGUGUUCAGCCAGACAACAUUGCAGUUCUUGGGGUUCUGAAUGGAUGCAGUCAUUCUGGUCUGGUUGAUGAAGGCUGUUCUAUAUUUUACAGGAUGAGUCAGUCAUGGGGUAUUACUCCAGAGAUAGAACAUUAUGGGUGUUUGAUUGACCUCCUUGGCCGCGCCGGUGAGCUGCAGAAGGCACUCGGGAUCAUUUUCAAGAUGCCAAUUGAACCAGAUAUCAUCAUAUGGAGAUCACUCCUCAGUGCUUGUAGAAAUUACAGGAAUGUAGAGCUUGGGGAAAGGAUUCUGGAUCAGAUUGUUCGAUUGGACCUCAGAAAACAAGGUGGAGGGCACUUGCUUGUUUCAAACCUGUAUGCAGCAGCUGGCAGAUGGGAGAAACUGGCUAAACUGAGGAGCAGAAUAAGAGAUGAGGGUGAGGUGCAGAAACCAGGUUGGAGCUGCAUUGAAAUUAAUGGAGAGGUGCAUGAAUUCGUAGCUGAUGAUCGUCUUCACCACCAGAUUGUCGAUAUUCGUCGUAAGCUGAACGAAGUACUGAGGGAGGUGGCUGAAAAGGGAGGCUAUGUUGCUAAUACAGAACUAGUGUUGUUUGAUUUGAGUGAGGAGGAUAGGGAGCAGGCUGUACACUUGCACAGCGAGAAGCUUGCUGUGUCCUUCGGCCUCAUGAACAUGGCAGCAGGGUGCUCCAUUCGCAUAGUGAAGAGCCUCAGGAUUUGUGAAGAUUGCCAUUCAGCAAUGAAAGCUAUCUCCUAUGUUUUUGAUAGGGAAAUAGUGGUGAGGGACAGAUCUAGAUUCCAUACUUUCAAAGAAGGGAGGUGUUCCUGCGUGGAUUAUUGGUAG